AUGACAUCGAGCAACAAAAAACAGAAAUUAGACAAUUCCACUGAUCCUGCCGGUACGAGCACCGAAAAGUUCACAUUCUUUUGGCAAGCACCGUCACCGUUUUCGCAAUUUCAUCCGUCGAAAUUUAACGCUAAACCAUUGUUCUGCACCACUCCAGCAGACGAUGAGGGAUAUACGUUUUUGCACUGUGAACAGUGGAUGAUGUUCAACAAAGCCAAAUUGUUUAAAGACGAACAGUCAGCGAAAAUGAUUAUGGAGACGACGGAACCAAUUCAGUGCAAGCAACUCGGACGAAAGGUGGGAAAUUUUGACGAAGAAAUUUGGAAACGUGAAAAUGAAAGAAUUGUACUGGCCGGCAAUCGACACAAGUUCACGCAGAAUCCCGAUCUGCUCGAUGAACUACUUAAAACUGAGGGUACUACACUGGUGGAAGCUAGUCCCUGUGAUCGAUUGUAUGGAAUUGGAUUGGGAGCCAACAAUCCCAAGGCGCUUGAUCGGAAAACUUGGCGUGGGAAGAAUUUAUUGGGUGAAAUACUGACCAGACUGAGAAAGGAAUUGAAAGAUGCUCAGGGGGACCUGACGUCAGGUGUGGAACAAUCAAAUGAAAAAUGA